UAGUUCCGUUAUGUUCACGGAAAAGGAGAAUGCGGAAAAGCCCUCAUAAGUGUAAGGUUAACGUUAGAUACUUCCGCCUUUAGCCGCCUCUCAUCACACAGAGAAAUGACAGCAACCCUGCGCCCAUAUCUCAAUGCAGUUCGUGCGACCUUGCAAGCCGCCCUCUGCCUGGAGAAUUUCUCCUCGCAAGUGGUGGAGAGACACAACAAGCCAGAGGUGGAAGUACGGAGUAGUAAAGAGUUGCUUCUUCAGCCUGUGAUCAUCAGCCGUAACGACAAGGAGAAAGUUCUGAUUGAGGGCUCCAUCAACUCUGUCCGAGUCAGCAUCGCUGUCAAGCAGGCAGAUGAGAUUGAGAAGAUUCUGUGCCAUAAGUUCAUGCGUUUCAUGAUGAUGAGAGCAGAGAACUUCUUCAUCCUGAGGAGGAAACCAGUGGAGGGCUAUGACAUCAGUUUUCUCAUCACCAACUUUCACACAGAGCAGAUGUACAAACAUAAACUGGUGGACUAUGUCAUUCAUUUCAUGGAGGAAAUUGACAAGGAGAUCAGUGAAAUGAAGCUGUCGGUCAACGCCAGGGCUCGUAUUGUUGCAGAGGAGUUCCUCAAAAAUUUCUGAAAGAGAGGAAAACCUGGAAAUGCAUUCCUUUCACCAAUCUUGGCUGUCACUGUGGAGCUUUCACAUCACAUAGCUGAGAGGAGACAAAAUCUGAUCAGCCAAGACAAGUUGAGAAACAUAAGACGUACAGUAAAGAUGUACAGGCCAAUGGAGUUUUGCCCUUUAACCUUAAAAUGCCCCUUGCUCAAAAAUAUUGAUUUUUGUACAUAACCAGACAUUAAUUAAUUUCUGACUUUAGAACAUUAGAAGCUAGGGCAGGUCCUUAAAAAGGUAUUUGUAAUCAAUAUUCAUGAGCACAGGUAAAGGGAUUUAACUGUUAUUUUUAAAUAUAUAUUAUAUGCACAUCAAUUUAAUUUGGUUGUUUUGUUAUGACAGACCUUAAACCAUGUGGGCAAUCAAUUGGUGUAUGUUUUUUUUUGUAAUAAACCCUAUUCUAGAUGAAAAUAAAUAAAAUAAAUAUACUUGCUGAAA